AUGGUGAACUUCACCGUAGAUCAGAUCCGCGCCAUCAUGGACAAGAAGGCUAACAUCCGUAACAUGUCGGUAAUUGCACACGUGGACCAUGGGAAGUCUACUCUCACCGACUCGCUGGUCAGCAAAGCUGGGAUCAUUGCCUCCUCCAGGGCAGGGGAGACUCGUUUCACUGAUACAAGAAAGGACGAGCAAGAAAGAUGUAUUACCAUCAAAUCAACUGCCAUUUCCUUGUUUUAUGCCCUAUCGGAGCAGGACUUGGCUUUCAUUAAGCAGAGUAAAGAUGGUACUGGCUUUCUCAUCAAUUUGAUCGACUCCCCUGGCCACGUUGACUUUUCCUCUGAAGUAACGGCUGCUCUUCGUGUCACAGAUGGUGCUCUGGUGGUUGUGGACUGUGUAUCUGGCGUCUGUGUACAGACUGAAACGGUGCUACGUCAGGCCAUUGCAGAGAGAAUUCGUCCAGUAUUGAUGAUGAAUAAAAUGGACCGUGCUCUGCUAGAGCUCCAGUUAAAACCAGAAGAGCUAUACCAGACCUUUCAACGUAUUGUGGAGAACGUCAACGUAAUCAUUUCCACAUACGGAGAGGGAGAGUCUGGCCCCAUGGGCAACAUCAUGAUUGAUCCAGUCCUUGGUACCGUUGGCUUUGGUUCUGGUCUGCAUGGAUGGGCUUUCACCUUGAAGCAGUUUGCUGAGAUGUAUGUUACAAAGUUUUCGGCUAAGGGUGAGGCCCAACUGGGGGCUCCUGAACGAGCUAAGAAAGUAGAAGACAUGAUGAAGAAGCUUUGGGGCGACAGGUUUUUUGAUCCUGCAAAUGGCAAGUUCAGCAAGUCUGCUACCAGUCCUGAAGGAAAGAAGCUACCAAGGACCUUCUGUCAGCUGAUCCUCGACCCAAUCUUCAAGGUAUUUGAUGCCAUCAUGAAUUUCAAGAAAGAUGAGACUGCUAAACUGUUAGAGAAACUGGACGUCAAGCUUGACAGUGAAGACAAGGAAAAGGAAGGCAAACAGCUGCUUAAGGCUGUAAUGAGGCGUUGGUUGCCAGCUGGGGAAGCCCUACUUCAAAUGAUCACUAUUCACUUGCCUUCUCCUGUUACUGCUCAGAAGUAUCGUUGUGAACUCUUGUACGAGGGACCUCCUGACGAUGAGGCUGCAAUGGGCAUAAAGAACUGUGAUCCAAAAGGCCCUCUGAUGAUGUACAUCUCGAAAAUGGUCCCCACAACUGACAAGGGCCGCUUCUAUGCUUUUGGGCGUGUGUUCUCUGGUGUGGUGUCAACUGGCUUGAAGGUUAGAAUCAUGGGACCAAACUAUACGCCUGGCAAGAAGGAAGACUUGUACCUCAAGCCUAUUCAGAGAACCAUUCUCAUGAUGGGACGUUAUGUGGAGCCCAUCGAAGAUGUGCCUUGUGGUAACAUUGUGGGACUGGUUGGUGUUGAUCAGUUCCUGGUGAAAACUGGUACCAUCACCACCUUUGAACAUGCCCACAACUUGAGAGUAAUGAAGUUCAGCGUGAGUCCUGUGGUGCGUGUGGCUGUGGAGGCAAAGAAUCCUGCUGACCUGCCCAAGCUGGUAGAAGGUCUGAAGCGACUAGCAAAGUCUGACCCUAUGGUGCAGUGCAUAAUUGAAGAAUCCGGGGAACACAUCAUUGCUGGUGCUGGAGAAUUGCAUUUGGAAAUCUGUUUGAAGGAUUUGGAGGAAGAUCAUGCAUGCAUUCCCAUAAAGAAAUCGGACCCCGUUGUGUCUUACCGAGAGACGGUUGCUGAAGAAUCUAGUGUACUCUGCCUUUCCAAGUCUCCUAACAAGCACAACCGUCUGUAUAUGAAGGCCCGUCCCUUCCAGGAUGGUUUGGCUGAGGAUAUUGAUAAAGGGGAAGUUGCUGCACGCCAGGAGCUGAAGACUCGCGCCCGCUACUUAGCAGAAAAGUAUGAGUGGGAUGUCACUGAAGCACGUAAGAUUUGGUGCUUUGGUCCUGAUGGCACAGGGCCCAACAUGCUUACUGACAUUACCAAAGGAGUUCAGUACUUGAAUGAAAUUAAGGACAGCGUUGUAGCUGGCUUCCAGUGGGCUACCAAAGAGGGUGCUCUCUGUGAGGAAAACAUGCGUGCAGUUCGCUUCGAUGUCCAUGAUGUGACCCUGCACACUGAUGCUAUCCACAGAGGUGGUGGACAGAUUAUCCCUACAGCCCGGCGGUGCCUGUAUGCUUGUGUCCUGACUGCUCAGCCAAGACUAAUGGAGCCCAUUUACCUUGUGGAGAUUCAGUGUCCGGAGCAGGUGGUCGGCGGAAUCUAUGGUGUCUUGAAUAGGAAGCGUGGUCAUGUGUUUGAGGAGUCCCAGGUUAUGGGCACACCAAUAUUCGUGGUAAAGGCCUACCUGCCUGUAAAUGAGUCUUUUGGUUUUACAGCAGACUUGAGAUCCAACACAGGUGGCCAAGCUUUCCCACAGUGCGUGUUUGACCACUGGCAAAUUCUGCCUGGUGAUCCCUCUGAUCCUUCUGGCCGUCCUGCUCAGGUUGUUGCGGAGACACGAAAACGUAAGGGACUCAAAGAAGGCAUCCCAGCACUUGACAACUUCCUGGACAAAUUGUAG